AACUGUGAACAUAACUUGAGCAAACCAGAAUUCAAUCCAACAUCUAUCAAGUUCAAGAUCCAGCUGGUUGCCGUUAACUAUAUCCCUGAAGUGAGAAUCAUGUCUAUCCCCAACCUGCGCUACAUGAAGGAGAGUCAAGUGCUUCUGACUCUGACCAAUCCUGUGGAGAACAUCACACAUGUCACGCUGCUGGAGUGUGAGGAGGGAGACCCUGACAACAUCAACAGCACUGCUAAGGUGGCAGUUCCUCCCAAGGAGCUUAUUCUGGCUGGCAAAGAUGCUGCGGCUGAAUAUGAUGAGCUGGCAGAGCCUCAGGACUUCCAGGAUGACCCUGACGUCAUUGCCUUCAGAAAAGCCAAUAAGGUAGGAGUUUUCAUCAAGGUCACCCCACAGAAAGAAGAGGGUGAAGUGACCGUAAGUUUCAAGAUGAAACAUGAGUUUAAAAACCUGGCUGCUCCCAUCCGGCCCAGUGAGGACAGCGAUCUUACCUCUGAGGUCAUCUGGCUCACCCACCACGUGGAGCUCAGCCUGGGGCCAGUGCUCCCAUAAAGGCUCCCAACGCUUGCACCCCGACAGCCGGCCACGGGAUGGACUGUCACAGUGAAGAAAGCACCUGGUGACACGUUCUGCGAGAGCUCCUUUGUGAUGUGUUGGGUGUGUGCCACGGGCCCCGGCCGAGCUGCGCCCAGGUGGCCGAGGGUGCCGUGGUUUGGGAUGGUUUGUUCUCUCUCCUGUUGUUGUAGUGCCCACUAACUA